AUGCAAGAUUCCACUAGUUUGGGCAACAAAAGCCGAGCCAUGAAAGCCGACUACACAAUGGAAAUGACCCCAAAGCUUUUAGUAUAUUUCGGCCACAAUCACUUGGCUAGUCAACAGCUCAAAGUCUAUAUUGAAGGCCUCCAUGGUACUGCCUGA